GCAGCUCUCAACGAUCUUCCACCGAUCCCAUUCGCCCAGCUUGAACAUAUAUUACCAGAUACGGUAAAAGAUAAGAUUGCAAUUGUGGACGUUAUCGAGCCGGAUACGCAUUUAUCGUAUUACCAACAUGCAAUGAGUGCGUACCACUUAAAAUUGUCUGUGGCUUGUUACGCUCGAGCUCAAGGCUACGAAUUUCGUAUUAUUUUCUCAUCCGACUAUACAAAACAGUGUCCUCAUAAAGAUGUGGGUCACGUUUUUAUACCCUUAUUUAUCUAUUUAUUAUUUCUACUUGUUCAGGUCUAUCUACGGCGUCACUGCGUGGUUGCCCAUGUUUUACCAAAUUAUCAUACAAUCUUAUAUAUCGAUGCAGAUAUGGGUGUUGUUAACCCUAAAAAAAGAAUCGAGGAGUAUGUUGAUGACAAUGUCGAAAUCAGUUUCUUUGAUCGUUUCUAUAACUGGGAAGUUGCAGCUGGUUCGUACAUUGUGAAAAAUACAACGUGGACACAAAAGUUCCUCAAAGGCUUUGCUGAUUACGAGUACAGACUGCCGGCGCAUUACCAUGGCACAGACAAUGGAGCAUUGCAUGUGAGUCUCAUUUAA